AUGGCAGACAGUCUUUGUGGUCCCUCGAACGCCCUUCAGAAUUUCCAGAAACACACUUCCGUAGACCGCACCUUACAGCAGGAUCGGUUAACCAGCCGUCAGUCGCCUAUACAAGGCUUCAGAUCAGCACCUGGCCCCAAUGCAGGCAUCCUAGAUCCCGAAUUCGACGCCUUUCAAGCCGGCCGCUCCGGGCCCCCUCCCCUCCAACACGGCCUGCCCUUCCAUUCUCCUCCAGCGGUAGCACCACAAUUCGCACAAGUCCCCCAAACCCCUGACUGGGCCUCCGACUUUCAGCGACUGAAUAUCUCACAUCCUCAACCCCUACCGAUACAACAGCACCGUUCCCAACCGGCUUCGAGUGCUCCGGCAGCAUGGCACAAGAACUUUCUCAGACAGCAGGCGCCUGCAGCGCAGGCUCCGAUACAGCAGCAAAGUAUGUUCGGUGGCAUUCCGAGGCAGACUACCAUGGGCUGGACGGGACCGUCGUUCCAGCACACGUCAACUUAUGGCGUCAUGGGCGGGGUACCAUUGUCGGAGACGGCGCAAGGGAAACAACGCGUGGAGGAGGAUGUGUCACUAUAUGAUGAUGCUGCUUUUGAAAGAGCGUUCGAGCAGGCGCAUCGGGAUGCCAUGCUGGAAGUGGAUGAGCAAUGGAAAUAUGAAGCAUUACCUAGGCAAGGGGAUGAGGAUCCUGUACUCAGGAGCCUGCCUGAACCUUUGUACCUGAUGAUGAAGAUUGCAGAAACGGCCCGCCAGAAUGGCCUUACUUCAACGGGCGACCUUCUAGAUCGCCUCGAAAUGCUGGAACAGACAACACAGAUAGGCCACGAGUGUCUUCCCGUAGUAGUGCAAGGCCUAAAGUACUGGCUCGACCACGGCGUUACUGGCCAGGACCCAGCAUCGAAGGCCUUUGUCGAGAAUCUGGAAGGACUGCUCCAAUCACUGAACGAGCGGAUCAUGUCGGAGUAUCCUCUUCAAACUCAGACAGGAGUCCUCAACGGGCCGCAGAGCUGGCAAGAAUUUGUAAAUUCACUGCCACUCCAAGACCGGUCUUUAUAUACCCGGGACUCCCUACCAGCACCGGACACACACCAACCAGUAGAAGAGCAGCAAAAGACUGAGCAGCAAUUUCCGCGCAACGACAAUGACGAACUGGCCGUCACAGCGGGAAAGCUCCUCGAGCGCGUGGCGGACAACCAAAGCGAGAAGUUCCAAAAGAGCCAGUUCCUGGAGCUGAUGCGCCGCCUGCGCGACCGCGAGGUCGUCGUCCAGGGCGACAAGAUGGUCGAAGUCAGUAGUACCCCGUGCUCCACCUCCCCCACGCCAGCAUCCGUCUUCACCCCGACGGGGAACGCGAGUGCCUCGCUGUCUCCGAACGCAUACGCUUCGCGGUCGCGGUCGCCUGCGGUCCCCGCGCCGGCUACCGUCAUUCCCGACGUCGAUCGCUCGAUCUUGGAUCAUGCCGCGACGGACUUUGAGUUGCCGGUGGAUUCGGAGCAGGAGUUUGGCGUAGGUGGGAAGGAUGUAUGA